AUGGCCCCCGCCCCAAUCGACCCCCAAAUCGUAGACGUCGCGGAACCGCGGAAGGACACUCUCGACCUUCCUCCAGGCGCUCGCGAGCGGCUCGAGAAAGCCGGUAUCGAUCUCUCCCAGGGCUAUCCCUACCGGCCCUCUCGGCCCCUCUAUCUCGACGACGUGUACAAGAUCCGCGACUACGACCGGCCGCACAUCGACCCGGGCACGCGCGCAGACCCAGAGAAGAAAGCCCUCCUCUCAGCCGCAACGAAGGUCAUCCAUCUUACGCGGCACAUCGGAACAGAGCUAGUAGGUAUCCAACUGAAGGAUCUCACGGCCCAACAAAGGGACGAGCUAGGCCUGCUCAUCGCAGAGCGAAGCGUUGUCUUCUUCCGCGACCAGGACAUCUCGCCUCAGCAGCAGAAAGAGCUGGGCGAGUGGUAUGGCGAGAUCGAGGUCCAUCCGCAAGUCCCGCAGGUGCCGGGCGUCCCAGGGGUCACUGUCAUGUGGCCUGCUCUCCAAGCAACGGAGACAGCGGCUGGGUUCCGCAAACCUGGGGGGGCAUCGCACUGGCACACGGACCUGGUGCAUGAGCGCCAGCCGGCUGGAGUGACGCAUCUACACAACGACACGGUGCCUACUGUUGGCGGGGACACGCUGUGGGCGAGUGGCUACGCGGCGUAUGAGAAGCUGUCUCCCAUGCUGCGUGAGUUCAUUGACGGCAAGACCGCCAUCUAUCGCUCGCGUCACCCGUACCUGGACCGCAACCGACCCGAGGACGGGCUGAAGUACGUAGAGCGGGAACAUCCUCUUGUGCGCGUGCAUCCCGCCACGGGAUGGAAGGCGCUGUGGGUGAAUCGGGCCAUGACGGUGCGGAUUGUCGGCCUGGACAAGGCAGAAAGCGACGUGAUCCUAGGACUACUGUGUGAUGUCUAUGAGAAGAAUCCCGAUAUUCAGGUUCGCUUCAAGUGGUCUCCUAGGUCAAGUGCCCUGUGGGAUAACCGCUGGGACUACGAGGGGUCAGAGCCGCGACAUGGAACCAGAGUCACAGCUCUUGCUGAGAAGCCCUUCUUCGAUCCGAAUGCGCCCACUCGGAGAGAGAAGCUGGGUAUAUUGGGGGCUGAUGAGAUUGAAGAGUUGGCCAAAUAUAGAAAGAAAUAA